AUGGAUAUUCAAUCAAAUAGUUGUUGCAUCGUUGGGAUUUAUGGCCUUCCUGGAGUUGGUAAGACAACAAUUGCAAAAGCUAUUUUCAACACAAUUCAUUAUAAUUUUGAUGGAAGCACCUUUCUAGAGAAUGUUAGAGAACGGUCAAAAAGAAAUGAUGGCAUACCCCAACUACAAGAGAAACUUUGUUGUGAAAUCUCAGGGACUAGAAAUUUGAAGGUGGGGAGUAUAUCUAGAGGUAUCAAUGUGAAAAUCGAAAGGCUACACCGUAAGAAGAUUCUUGUAGUUCUUGAUGAUGUUGAAAAAUUGGAUGAAAUAGAUAGAUUGCUUGAAAAUUAUGGUUGGUUUGCUUCUGGAAGUAGAAUCAUUAUAACAACAAGAGAUAGACGCUUGCUAGAUACUCUUCCAAAAGAUUGGCAUGUAACGUACUACAAGGUUGAGGAACUAAAUGAACAUGAAGCUCGUGAGCUUUUUGUUAAACAUGCCUUUGGAAGAAAUAAUGCCAAGGAAGAAUAUUUUGAACUUGUUGACCAAUUUAUACAUUAUGCCAAAGGCCUUCCUUUAGCUCUAAAAAUAAUUGGCGCAAAUUUGUAUAAAAGAACUAAACGUGAAUGGAAAAGUGCACUAGACAAAUAUAAAAGAAUUCCUAAGGGAGCUAUUCAAGAAAUACUCAAAAUAAGCUAUGAUGGAUUGGACCAAACUCAACGGGAUAUUUUUCUUGAUAUUGCAUGUUUCCUUAAAGGAUUCCACAAGAAUCAUGUUGUCGAUAUACAAAGUAGCAUCAAUUUCUACGAACUAGAUUACGAUAUUAAAAGACUAAUUGAGAAGAGUCUCAUAACUGUUACUGAAGAUGGUGAACUAUCAAUGCAUGACUUGAUCCAACAAAUGGGUUGCGAAAUUGUUCGAGAAGAAUCACCACAAGUGGUCAAGAAAUGUAGCAGGUUAUUGUGUUUUGAGGAUGCUUGUGAAGUACUAAUUGAAAAUAUGUUGAAUCUUGAAAAGAUGAAGAAUCUCAAAUACUUGGAAGUUCGUAAUGUAAUUUGUGAAGACCUGAAAUUUCUUCCUAAUGAGUUAAGGUUACUUGAUUGGAAUAAAUUUCCUUUAUCUUCCUUGCCAUCCACCUUUGAACCUAAAAACCUCAUUGCACUCAACAUGCCAUGGAGCCACAUUGAAUUGGAUGAGCAUUUCAAGGGCUCUUCAUCUGGAACGGACUCUAAUCAUGAAACGGACAAUGAAUCUGUAUCAAAAUUUGAACUCGAUGAAGCUAUAUCUGAAACAGACUCCACAUCUAAACUUGAUGAUGAAGAUGAUAUAGAUACAUAUAACCUUACACUUCCAGGAACUAAGAUUCCAACAUGGUUUAACCACCAAAGUGUUGGAAGUUCCGUAUCAUUCAGGAUCAGUCAGAAACUUCCAUCAGUUGCUUUAUGUGUUGCUUUCAAUGUGGAACGGAAGGAUAUUCUAUCAGAUCCAGAUGAAACCGGAAGUGUAUUGAAAAGAAUAAAUUCAGAUGAAUGUAAUAAUGUUAAGCUUCGAUAUGAAAUUUCAUAUUAUAAUCCUAAAUUAGCAAAAGUUUCCAUGGAAAGGUGUGGGGUCCAUGUAGCAUGCAUAUGUCCUCCCCUUCAGAUUUUCGAUGUAGAUGAAAGAUUGAGAAUGUUUUUAAGGAGAGUUGAGAGGAAAUUGUAUGGUGGUGGCUUUCGAGUUGAAAUGAUCAAAGCUCAAUCUGUUAUGGAAUUUGUUGAACAUAUGAUUGACCCCCCAAGUGAGUUACUUGUUGAAAGAAUUACCAAAGAUGAGUUCACACUGGGUAACAAGAAGAUUGCAGCUAGCACUUUCAGGAUGGGGCUGCCCGAGGACUUUGAACUGUGGGAGUCGUUGAUGAAAAGACCUCCUGAGGAUAUGAGGCAACUUAUGAGGCAUAUUGAGGAGUAUAAAUGUCUCGAGGAUGAUCGGCUGUAG